AUGACGAUCAAGGAAACAACAACAUCAGAUGCCGAGAUGAAGGACGUAACAACAACUUCUGAAACCACUCCUCCAGUUAAUCCUGAGGAAGAGUUGGAAUUGGUGAUUCGAGGAGAGUUGAAGGAUCAAUUGAAAAUGAUUGCCAAGUCUGUUCAACAAGAUGAUCUUGAUAAUGAUAGAAAACAAAUGAGAGCCUUCAGAUUGUUUUACAACAAAUUGAGAAGACAAAUGACAGAUAAGAUCCUUGUUGGAAUCUUGAAGGAAUUGAAAUGUGCACACCUUGUUUCAUACAUUGAAGAAACUAUUGAAAUGCAAGAUGAGGAACAAAAGCCAAUUCCAGAGGCUGAAGUUUACUUGUGGCUUAUUACAAUCAUCUUUUUGACAGACAAAAAGCAAUACAACAGAGCCUACGUUUGUGCUUAUGAUUGCGUGAAAUAUCAACACGUGUUGGAAAAGCAGCAAAGAUCUCGCUCUAUGAAUUUCCUCUUCUCGAAAGUGUAUUUUUAUUUCUCUUUUAUUCAUGAAAAGUUGCACGUUGUUUCUAACAACGAAUUUAGAAAUAUUUUGCUUGGUAGAUUGCGUAGUUGCACUUUGGCACAUGACCAUUGGAGUCAGUUUGUUAUUUUGAACUGUCUUUUGAGAUCAUAUUUGCAAGACAAGUUGGUAGAACAAGCAAACAAACUAUUGAAGACUGUUUCUAUUGAUCAAACAAUUGGUCAUGUGGACAAUAAUCAAUUGGCUAGAUAUUAUUAUUACAAAGGAAGAAUUCAAGCUAUUCAAUUGGACUAUUCCGAAGCUUACAAUUCAUUGCAAACAGCACUCCGUAAGGCACCAGGUGCUCAACCAAAUAAGCCAAAAGCUCAAAAAGAAGGAGCCGAACAAGCCAAUUUGAAUAAGCGUAACGUAGGAAGAGGUUUCCGUAUUCACGCCAACAAAUUACUGAUCGUUGUUAGCUUGUUGAUGGGCCAUAUUCCUGAACGUUCUCUUUUUGUGAACACUUUGGAGGCCACUAACGAUAAUGUGACCUUGGCUCAACUCAAGCCAUACUAUGAACUUACUCAACAAGUGAGACUUGGUAAUGUAAAUGGAUUUGAAACUAUUGUUGAGAAGUACAGAGAACAAUACGUGGCUGAUGACAACCUCACUCUCAUCAAUCGUAUUAGGCAAAAUGUUAUUCGUACUGGUUUGAAGUCCAUCAUCAAGGCUUAUUCCAGAAUCUCUUUUGCUGAUGUCAGCAAAAAGUUGAAUUUAACUGACACAGAUGUGAACGAUGUUCAAGGUAUUGUUGCCAAAGCCAUCAAAGAUGGUAUCAUCGAUGCUAAGAUUGAUGAGCAAGCACAAAGCGUUGACACUGCCAAGAAUCAAGACGUCUACCAAACAAGUGAACCUUCAGACGAAUUCGACAAACGUAUUCAAUUCUGCUUGAGCUGUAGAAGUCAAUGCAUCAAGGCAAUGAGAUAUCGUGAAGAAAAGAAAAAGAAGCCAACAGUAGAGCAAGAUGACUCUCUUCACUUGGAUGUUGAUGAAAUUGUUGAUGAAGUUGAUGAUGACAUAAUGGAAGAUUAA